AUGGAGGCUGCCGUGGUGACCGCAUCGCAUGGAGCUAUGGGCUCCCUGAUAGCAAAGCUUGGUGAUUUGCUCACAGCUGAGUACAAGCUGCUCAAAGAAGCUAAGGGGCAGAUCUUGUUCCUCAAAGCUGAGCUUGAGAGCAUGCAUAGGUUCCUAAAGAAGAUCUCAGAUACAGAACAGCCUGAUGAACAGGACAAGUGCUGGGCCAAGGAGGUACGUGAGCUGUCUUAUGACAUCGAAGAUAGUAUCAGUGAGUUCAUGCUCCGUGUGGAACGCAAUUCAAGCAGCAAGCCACGCGGAUUCAUGGGUUUCAUAAAUAGGAGCACGAAGUUGUUGACAACCAUGAACAUUCGGCAUGACAUCGCCAAAGAGUUUGAAGGCCUUAAGGUCCGUGUUGUGCAGGCGCAGGAGCGGCGCAAGAGGUACCAGAAGACUGAUGGUGUUACCUCUAAGUCAGUCAACACAAUCAUUGAUAUUCGGUUGUUAGCAAUGUACGCAGAAGCAUCAGGCCUUGUUGGUAUGGAUGGCCCCAGGGAUGAACUAAUUCAGUUGAUGGGUGGAGAGAAUGAGCUAAAGGUGCUCUCUAUAGUUGGAUUUGGAGGCCUAGGAAAACUACCCUUGCAAAUGAGGUUUAUUGCAAGCUUCAGGCUCCUAUGGACACCAACAUGGAAUUGUGGGAAGGAAUCUGAAUUCAUUAGUGUGCUCCGAAAAUUUCUUCUAAAACAGAGGUACUUAAUCAUAAUUGAUGACAUCUGGGAGGCUUUUGCAUGGGAUAUCAUCAGAUGUGCUCUUCCAGAGAGCAUUAAUGGUAUUUAUCCCAAGGACUACACAAUUGAAAAGAAUGAUUUGACAAGGCGAUGGAUAGCUGAAGGUUUUAUAUGUAAAGUUCGUGGGAUGGAUCUUGAGGAUAUUGCAAAGAGCUAUUUUAAUGAGCUUAUUAAUAGGAGUUUGAUUCAGCCUGCAGAUACAAACUGCAAUGGUGAGGUGAUGUCUUGCAAGGUACAUGAUAUGAUGCUUGAUCUUAUCCUCCAUAAAUCCCAAGAAGAGAAUUUUGUCACUGUAAUAGAUGAUAUACAAGACAUGACAGGACAACAAGACAAGGUUCAUCGACUCUCUCUCAACCUGGGUGGUACAGUAGGUGAUAGGGUUGCAGGAUGUGUCCAGCUAUCCCAAACAAGAACACUGGCAAUAUUUGGAACCUCUUCAUAUUUACCUCCUUUUCAACUGUUCAAGUAUCUCCGUGUUCUCGGAAUUGAAAUUACAGUACAGUCCCAUCCACCAUUGUUACUAGACUUUACUGAGAUACAUCAUCUACUUCAGUUGAGAUAUUUAAAGAUUGUAGCAAAAGGUCAUGAGGUGGUGUUACCUAGUAAAAUUGGGAGUAUGCAGCAAUUGGAAACAUUUGAAAUCAAUGCUACUAUAAAAUUGUCUAGGGCACAAUCAUUUCGUGAACUACCAUCGGAUAUAGUUCAUUUGAGCCGGUUAUCGCAUCUGAUUAUUCCAUAUGACAUAAUAUUGCCAAACGGGAUCGAUAACAUGAAAUCCUUUCGUACUCUACACUACUUCAAUUUACGUAACUCACCAAACAGUAUCAAGGGUCUGGGGGAACUGACCAAUUUGACCAAUCUUAAAAUCAUAUGUAAUUUUGGUGAAAAGGCAAAUGGUGAGAUAGUGGAGAAAGGCAGGGAAGUUCUGCAGACUUGCCUUGGAAAGAUUUGCAGCCUCAAAUAUCUAUAUAUGAAAAUUUAUUGUGACAACAAUCUCUACAUUGAUGCGUUGAGUUCAACACCGCUUCUUUCCGUCAUCUCCAGAUAUUCAAUGGACACAAGUUCUCAAGGGUUCCUGGAUGGAUCAUCCAACUCCAUAACCUCUAUGACCUGCGUCUUUUUGUUAAGCAAGUGCUUGAGGAAGAUGUUGGAAUUCUUGCACGGCUGCCCUCAGUUAUCAACCUGGAGAUAA